GGCAAUCUGUGCCUAUGCUUUGACCAGAUGGACGCAAGGACGCCGCGGGGCACGAUAGCAGAAUAAUCGAUGCUAUUAUUUUAUUUGUGCAUACUCCCAGACACAGUCAGUGCCUCUGGUUGAAGGGUUUUGAGGUGUGUGGGUGAGAGGAGAAACAGCGAAGCGUAGAGGGAAGAAGAGAGAGAGAGAGAGAGAGAGAGAGAGAGAGAGAGGAAGGGGAAGCGCGCUGCACGUUAUCAUUGGACUGCUGUCGAGAUGAAUCUUUCUAUACGAUGCAAUCUGCAGAGGAAGCGAGCACGCCGAUCACUGAGUUGAGGUGUAGAGAUACUCAAAGAGCGAGCUGUGAAAGCCGAUUCGGGAGGAGUUAAAACACACACCGUAUCUCUCUCUUUUGUCAAAUUUGUAUGUAGAGGAAUCCCCACGGAUUACAAAUCAGGAGCUCCAGUCUGCUGGGACAGGACUGCACAGAUGAUCUGAAUGGUCGAACCGCAUCCCUGAUCUCACUAUGGGCUGCGUGCAUUGUAAAGAGAAGCGCUCUUCCUCCAAGUCUCAGGAGGUGGUGACAGAUGGGAGCCAGCAACCCUCGCAACCGCGCUACGGACCUGACCCGACCAAUCCGAGCCAGCCGGGCAGCUUCGCCCGCAUCCCCGACUUCAACAACUUCCAGAACACGCCCGUCUCCACGGCAAUGCCCUUUGGAGGUUCCACCCCCUUCCCCUCCGCAACGCUUCAGUCCACGGGAGGAGGAGGGGCUUUCACUGGCGGGGGGGUGACGCUGUUCCUGGCACUGUACGAGUAUGACGCUCGCACUGAAGAUGACCUCAGCUUCAUGAAGGGGGAGAAAUUCCACAUCAUCAACAACGCGGAGGGGGACUGGUGGGAGGCCCGAUCUCUGGAUACUGGGAGGACUGGGUACAUUCCCAGUAACUACGUUGCCCCAGUGGAUUCCAUCCAGGCUGAGGAGUGGUAUUUCGGGAAGAUGGGGCGCAAGGAUGCGGAGCGCCAGCUGUUGUGCAUUGGGAACCCCCGAGGCACCUUCCUGAUACGAGAGAGUGAGACCACCAAGGGAGCAUACUCCCUGUCUAUCCGCGACUGGGACGAGGCGAAGGGGGACCACGUCAAGCACUAUAAGAUCCGCAAGCUGGACAAUGGCGGCUAUUAUAUCACCACGCGCUCGCAGUUUGACACGGUGUCGCAGCUCGUGAAGCACUAUAAAGAGCGCUCUGCAGGGCUGUGCUGUCGCCUGGUGGUGGCGUGUCACAAGGGGAUGCCCAAGCUUGCUGACCUGUCAGUCAAAACCAAAGACGUGUGGGAGAUCCCGCGGGAGUCACUGCAGCUCAUCAAGAAGCUGGGCAACGGGCAGUUCGGGGAAGUGUGGAUGGGCAUGUGGAACGGCACCACGAAGGUGGCGGUGAAGACCCUGAAGCCGGGCACCAUGUCCCCUGAGGCCUUCCUGGAGGAGGCCCAGAUCAUGAAGAGGCUGCGGCACGACAAGCUGGUGCAGCUCUACGCAGUGGUGUCUGAGGAGCCCAUCUACAUCGUCACCGAGUUCAUGAGCCAAGGGAGCUUGCUGGAUUUCUUGAAGGAUGGAGAGGGUCAGUAUCUGAAGCUGCCGCAGCUGGUGGACAUGGCAGCACAGAUCGCCGCGGGGAUGGCCUAUAUCGAGAAGAUGAACUACAUCCACAGAGACCUGCGAGCUGCCAACAUCCUGGUGGGAGACAACCUUGUGUGCAAGAUCGCCGACUUCGGACUGGCAAGACUCAUUGAGGACAACGAGUACACCGCGCGCCAAGGUGCCAAGUUCCCCAUCAAGUGGACGGCCCCCGAGGCAGCUCUGUACGGCAAGUUCACAAUCAAGUCGGACGUGUGGUCCUUCGGGAUCCUGCUGAUUGAGCUGGUGACCAAGGGCAGAGUGCCCUACCCAGGGAUGAAUAACCGGGAGGUGCUGGAGCAGGUAGAACGGGGGUACCGCAUGCCCUGCCCGAUGGGGUGCCCGGCCUCGCUGCACGAGCUCAUGGUGCAGUGCUGGAGGAAGGACGCAGAGGAGAGGCACACCUUCGAAUACCUGCAGGGCUUCCUGGAGGACUACUUCACAGCCACCGAGCAACAGUACCAGCCAGGAGAGAACCUCUGAGAACAGACACACACGCACGCGUGCACGCACACACAUGCACACACACACACAUUAAAGGGGCUUUACUUUCGUCAAGCAUGGUCCUCUCUCGACAACUCCUUUUUAAAGAACAGAAAACUUGUCUCGCUUCAACUGUACCUACCUACCCCAACCAAAACCCAGACAGAACCACAAGCAUUUCUUUUUUUAGCUUUUGCUGCAUUCAGGUGCCAUCGAGGGGUUUAAAAAGGGACGUACAGCCAUUGCUGGACCAGCCCUCUCUUCAGUAGACUGCAGAUGACCGGUGAGGAGACUCUGGUCCUGGACAGUGCAUUGAGAGGCAGGGAGAGUGGGGUCUUUUUAUUCAAGCGAAGACAUUGUUGAGCGCAUUUAUUUUUGUCAACUUCUUCAUUUACUAACUGAGAACUUUAUUUUUUAUUUCAGGGAGGGUGUGGGUGCAUAAAUAAAUAUUCUCUCUCAAACUCUUUUUUUUACAAUCAUAAUUUGUAUUAUUACUGCUAUUAUUUUUCUUUGUAUUAAUAAUAAUAAUAAUAAUAAUAAUAAUAAUAAUAAUAAUAAUAAUGAAGGUCCCGCUCCUCAUCUUGUGUUUUUUUAAUCGCACAGAAAUUACUUGUUUUCAAAAUAAACAGCAUCUGCACAGGCUGCAAUGUGUUUUCUGUGGAGCUGCUUUUCCUGAAAGUCGCUGGAAUAGAUGACUAGAAGACUUUUUUUAUUUCUUCUGUUUUUUAAGCCAAGUAUUUUGUGCUUGAAUGUCUGGAUGUAGAAAAAGAUUUUAAAAGUCAUACGUCUCCACCACCACCUUGAAAUCACGAGUUUCUGCAGCAACAGAGAGGCGCUAAGAUGCUCGGUCACGGUGUGUGAAAGUAUUGGGUUAGUGCUUUGAGCAGCCCAGGAUUCUUAAAGCUACAAAGCUCUUGAAGAUAGUGUGGCUGACAAAAUAAUUCCAUCAGUCAUCCAGCACUUCCACUAGCUUCACAGGUCUCCAAUGUGCGCUUUCUAAAGGAAUGCAUGUUAUAGCACACAUGGAUUUUCUGUUUAGAGCUUGACAUCUGCUACUCCAUGAGGUUAAAGGAAGUUCAGUUUUUCUGCCCUUCUGUCAGGUCAUGUGUUGCACAUGCAUUUUCUUCAGCAGUGUCUUCUGGAUCAAAGCAUGUUACUGGCUGAAAGCAUGUCAGUCAAUAGGGGAAGCAGCAGGUCGGUUAAUGAGAGGAAAUGUCACCCUCCAGGUGGAUCUCGCAUUGGAAAUCUCUCGGCUGGUCCCUGUUAUCAUGCAUCUGUAUAUAACUUCUACUUACUCUUCAUUUGAAAUUGUAAAUCUGUACAAUAAUUUUAAACUCUGUAGAACAGUCUGGAGGACUGCUGCCUUUUCCUACUUCCCCGAUCAGAGUGACCCACAACCCCUCCCAAUCAGACAAGAUCAACCAAUCAGCCAGCAUCGAUUUCACAGCUGAUGAUGUCAUCCAGAACUUCUUCAGCACAUCCCUGGCUCAAUCACAAAUUCAAAAACUUAAGACAAAUGUUGAAUGCCUUCAUCAGUGUUACUCCGGUAAAACUAGAAGAAACCAAGUUGACAAUUGUGUUGUCUAAUGCCUUCAUCGGUGUGAGUUUGGGACAUUAUGUGUAACUUGCGUCAACCCUCCCUAUGGAGAUUGAGUUUGAAUGGAUAUGUCACUCAUUAAGAUGGUGAUGUGUUCAUGAAUAAUGUAUGUUCAGGUACACACUGAUAUAUAUGGUUGGGCAAGUAUCUUCUAGUUUUAGUUUGAGUGAGUUUUUGGAUAACCACUGAUGAAUGGUUUAUACAAUCUAGUGUGAUUCUCCAGUGCUGUAAAAUGCUCUAAAUAAACCUAGUUUAGGUUGAUCAAACCAACCCAUUAUUUUCUUAUAAUUCUCCUAAAUUAAACAAUAAUGUAUUGCUCCACUCUGAAAAGAAAAGUGUGCGUUUUUAAACUGUGUUUGAUUUAAGGACGCAGUGUUAAAUGUAAUUCUGGUCUUAGUCAGAGAUUUAACACAAAAUGUGUGCUUUCCUGAAUUGAACACGCUUUGUGUGAAUUCAAGGUAUAUUUUCUUUUUUUAAGAGAGCACCAGGACUGAGCCCAGUGGAGACUCUUAGUCCUGUCAAGUCCUUUUUAAACCAGGUCUUUAAUAAUUGACUUGCUUUGCUUUGUUCAGUUAGAUCCAAAUCACAGCAGUGCCAUAGCCAUUAGAAAGUAUAGCUAUGGCUCCUCUAUAAGCCUUGAAUGGACCGAGCCCUGGUUGGAACAAGGCUGUGCUCUGCUGAGUUCAAUAAUGAAAGAUCUCCGUGCCCUGUGUUUGUUUCAAUUCAUUCACAGUGAAGCCCUGAGAAUGGGUGGAAUGAAACAGAAAGUGUCAAUACAGCUUAUUUCUGAAUUACUCCUCCUAUUAUUCUUCUUGUUGUCAUUAUCAUUAUUAUUAUUAUUAUUAUUAUUAUUAUUAUCAUUAUUAUUAUUAUUAUGAUUAUCAUUAUUAUUUAACGUUGUUUUUAAUGUACUCUUUUUUGUUUGUUUCUGAGCGUUUGCAAAGUGCAACAUCGUAUCUUUUUCUGUUAUUUUCCUAGUGUGUAAAUAAAAGUGAAAUAAAGACUUUCUAACAGA